AUGAAUGAUAUUCCGAAGCACGAGAGGCGUUGGGCGUCAGAUACUGUUCCCGGAAAAGUAACUGUCAGCGCCGGGACAUCGCCGGGGACUGAGUCUAGCUAUGCCUCCGAUGAGUUUGUGGAGGUUACUAUCGAUCUUCGAGACGAUGACACGAUCGUUCUUCGAAGUGUUGAGCCAGCUGGUCUUAAUGUUAAUGUUGAUGAUAGUGUUGCCGGAAGCGGUUACGAUACUCCGGCAUCUGUUCCGAGGUCUCCGUCGAUCCGGAGAAACUCUUCGAGAGGAUUCCGGCAUUUCUCGCAGGAGCUGAAAGCCGAGGCCGUUGCCAAGGCGAAGCAAUUCUCGCAGGAGCUUCGGCGAUUCUCUUGGAGUCACGGUCAUGCUUCGCGUGCUCUUUCGUCUUCCGGUGGUCAUACCGGAACAAGCGGUGCUGGAGUUGGUGGUUUUGAAACGGCGUUGGCUGCUAGAGCUCUGAGGAAGCAACGCGCGCAGCUUGAUCGCACUCGCACGGGUGCUCAUAAAGCACUCCGUAGUUUGAAAUUCAUCAGCAGUAAAUCCAACGGUUUAGAUGCGUGGAACGAAGUGCAGAAGAAUUUCGAUAAACUUGCUAAAGACGGUUUUCUCCAUCGCGUCGAUUUCGGUCAAUGCAUAGGUAUGAAAGAUUCCAAGGAAUUUGCUCUGGAACUCUUUGAUGCUUUAGGUCGUAAACAAAGGUUGAAGGCUGAUAAGAUAAACAGGGAAGAACUUGUGGAGUUCUGGACGCAAAUUACUAAUCAAAGUUUUGAUUCCCGGCUCCAGAUCUUCUUUGACAUGGUGGACAAAAACGAAGAUGGAAGAAUCACCGAAGAAGAAGUAAAAGAGGUCAUCAUGUUAAGCGCUUCUGCAAAUAAGUUAUCUAGACUCCAAGAGCAGGCUGAAGAAUAUGCAGCUCUGAUCAUGGAAGAGUUAGACCCUGAAAGACUUGGCUACAUUGAGCUAUGGCAAUUGGAGACACUUCUUUUACAAAAGGACACGUAUCUCAAUUACUCCCAAGCCCUAAGCUACACAAGCCAAGCUUUGAGCCAGAACCUACAGGGACUUAGAAAGAAAAGUCCUAUACGUAGGGUGAGCCGCAGAUUUAUUUACUAUUUGCAAGAGAAUUGGAGGAGACUUUGGGUUUUAACAUUGUGGGUUUGCAUAAUGAUUGGACUCUUCACAUGGAAAUUUUUUCAAUACAAGCAAAAGGAUGCUUUUCAUAUAAUGGGUUACUGUCUUCCUACAGCCAAAGGUGGGGCUGAAACGUUGAAAUUCAACAUGGCACUUAUACUCUUACCCGUCUGCAGAAACACCAUAACUUGGCUCAGGUCUACGAAGCUAUCUUAUGUUGUACCAUUUGACGACAACAUCAACUUCCAUAAGACAAUUGCUGGGGCAAUCGUAAUCGGUGUUAUACUUCAUGUCGGGGAUCACCUUGCUUGUGAUUUUCCAAGACUUGCAGGAUCGUCUGAAGCUGAUUAUCAGAAGUAUUUGAAGGGUGUAUUUGGUCAUCACAGACCCAGUUAUGGAGACAUAGUUAAAGGGGUUGAGGGUAUCACUGGGAUUUUGAUGGUGGUUUUGAUGGCAAUAGCAUUUACACUCGCAACAAAAUGGUUCAGGAGGAAUCUCAUUAAGCUGCCUGAACCAUUUAGCAGGCUUACUGGUUUCAAUGCCUUCUGGUAUUCACACCAUCUGUUUGUCAUUGUCUAUGUCCUGCUCAUUGUCCAUGGCAUAAAACUUUACCUCGUGCGCAAAUGGUACUUCAAAACGACAUGGAUGUAUCUUGCUGUUCCGGUUUUACUCUAUGCGUCAGAAAGAACACUCAGAUUAUUUCGCUCUGGCUUUUAUACAGUUCGUAUCAUAAAGGUUGCUAUUUAUCCUGGAAAUGUUCUCACAUUGCAAAUGUCUAAGCCUCCUCAAUUUCGCUACAAAAGCGGACAAUACAUGUUUGUACAAUGUUCUGCUGUGUCUCCCUUUGAGUGGCAUCCGUUUUCUAUUACCUCAGCCCCCGGGGAUGACUUUCUGAGUGUUCACAUUCGUCAACUUGGUGACUGGACUCAGGAGCUUAAAAGGGUAUUUUCAGAGGCCUGUGAGCCUCCUGUGUCCGGGAGGAGUGGGCUUCUCAGGGCUGAUGAAACAACAAAGAAAAGUUUGCCAAAGUUAAAGAUAGAUGGACCUUACGGGGCACCAGCACAAGACUAUAAAAAAUAUGACGUUUUGCUACUGGUCGGUCUCGGUAUAGGAGCAACUCCUUUCAUCAGCAUCCUGAAAGAUCUGCUCAACAACAUUAUCAAAAUGGAGGAGCUGGCGGAUUCAGUCUCUGAUACAAGUAGAGCUUCAGACGUAAGCGUUGGGAGUACUGAUUCACCAUCUAUUAAUAAAAUUGCUCCAAAAAGGAGGAAAACUCUGAAGACUACCAAUGCUUAUUUCUACUGGGUUACAAGAGAGCAAGGCUCUUUUGAUUGGUUCAAAGGAGUCAUGAACGAAGUCGCUGAGCUUGAUCAAAGGGGUGUCAUUGAGAUGCACAACUACUUGACUAGCGUAUACGAGGAAGGAGAUGCUAGAUCUGCCCUCAUCACCAUGGUUCAAGCACUUAACCAUGCUAAAAAUGGAGUUGAUAUUGUUUCUGGAACUAGGGUACGGACGCAUUUUGCUAGGCCUAAUUGGAAGAAGGUUUUCUCUAAAAUGUGUUCCAAGCACUAUAGUGGACGAAUAGGGGUAUUUUAUUGUGGCGCACCAGUUUUGGCCAAAGAACUUAAUAAGCUAUGCUUUGAGUUCAAUGAAAAGGGACCAACAAAAUUUGAGUUCCACAAGGAGCAUUUCUGA